UGGUUCUCAAAACCAAGCCGUUGCCAUAAAAAAAGAAGAAGAAGAAGAAGAAGAUGUGUGUGUGUUGCCGCACAAAUGAAACGGUCUUUCUUGUUGUUUUAAACUAUUUAAAUUUAGCUACGUAUUGAAUCGUUUCGUGCUGAGAAAAAUGAGCAUAUCAAACCACCCAGGGAGUUCCGCGCGUGGCGGAAGUACUGAAUCUACCAAGAACCUUAAAACAUUUGUCCUGCCUGAUAAAUGCUUCGAGAAGCAUGCAGCGUGUGUCUGGAGACGCGGCAACAAGUUUUCUAUAUAUCCACGUAGUCAAAUUACAAGCAAUUCGCCGUCCAACAUCGAAAACAAAGUACUCGAUAUCCGCCAAGAAGUUCUUUUAUUCAUUCCGAUUUUGCGUAAACUAGUGAACGAAUCCAAUGGAACAUUUCUGUCGCUCCAAAAAGCUGCCGAAGCUGCAAAGUCUACGGAUAAUCAAGUGGAAUUGUUAAAACUUUCGCGCCAGUAUCGUUCAAUCAUCCGAGUUUGCAUCGAGAGCUUACAGGACGCCGCAAAUAAAGAAACCAACGGCAUAGAAAAGAAUAGUUUGCUUUCUUACAUCACAAUAUUUUACUCUAUCGAGUGUAUUUGGCAUCUCUGUGAGAUAUUGUACAUAGACAACAUUCCUGGAGAUAUUGUUUUGCCGUAUCUUCUAGAAUGGGUGCGUUUCCACUUCCCGUGCCACGAACAGACCGCUGCGCAGUUGUUAGAGGCCUGCGAGAGAGGGUCCGAAGAUCACCCGGAAUACUGGGACACCGUGGUGGGAAUGAUUGUUCAGGGAAGAGUAGAUGUUGCUCGAGCGUUGUUGAAACUGCAUUCACUGACCGAUUCCAAUGAAUUUAAGUUGCUGGACAACUCUUUGAGGAGCAUGCCUGUGUAUAGUGUAUAUGGCGGUAUAUCAACAGGGGAGUUUACCGUAUCUUGGAAGCACUGGCAGGCGGAAUGCCGUUCCAAGCUUAGCAGUCGUGUGCUGGCUUCACAACCCAAGUUGGAGCUCAUUAUGAAGGUAUUUUUUUCUCAGAAUAGUUUGUUUUUGUAGUAUUAUGUAGUAUUU